AUGAAUGUGAGUGGGUGCAAAUGGGUAUACCGCACCAAACACACUGCAGAUGGGUCAGUUGAGCGCUACAAAGCAUGGCUUGUGGAGAAAGGUUUCAACCAAGUCGCCGAGGAAGAUUUCUUUGACACCUUCAGCCCGAUCGUCAAGCCGACCACGCUACCAGGGUAUGAGGACCCAGCCCAUCCUGACUAUGUGUGUCAUCUUCAGCGUUCUCUGUAUGGUCUCAAACAGGCCCCUCGGGCUUGGUUCAAGAGACUACAAGAUUUCUUGGUUUCUGCAGGUUUUCUACCAUCCAAAACUAACGUCUCUCUAUUCCACUACACAAUGGGAACAUCUCGGGUCUUCUUCCUUGUCCACGUCGAUGACAUUAUUAUGAUGGGCAAUGAUUAUGCGCUUCUUGACGUCAUGCUCAAACGUCUUUCUGUAGCAUUCAAGAUUCGGUACCUCGGGACGCCAAGUUUCUUUCUUGGUAUAGAAACACUACGGGAAUACGGUGGCCUACUCCUAUCGCAGAGACGGUACAUGGGUGACAUUCUCAACCGGGCUGGGAUGAUAGAUUGCAAGCCUCUUACAACCCCAGCUGCUGUGUCCCAGGUCGUAAGUCCGUCAUCACAACCACAUGAAAACCCAACUCAGUAUCACCGUAUCGUUGGGGCCAUGCAGUACCUGACUAUCACACGUCCUGACCUGUCAAACGCUAUCAACCAUCUCUGUCAGUUCAUGCACUCGCCCACGGAUGAGCAUUGGGUUAUUGUCAAGCGGGUCCUGCGGUAUACUAAAGGGACUUUGGACUAUGGGUUGCGUAUCUCCUUUUCUGCGUCCACGGCUAUUCAUGCCUUCUCGGAUUUCGUCUGGGCUGGUUGCCUGGUAGACAGGAAGAGCACUAGUGGGUAUGCUGUUUUCUUAGGCGACAACCUCAUCUCUUAG